AUGUCUCAACCCACCAGUCAUUCUCAUAGCCUGGAGGAGCCACAACAGCUUUUCAUUGGAGGCACGUACCAGGGCGCCAAAAAUAACGCAACAUUUCCUGUCAAGAACCCAAUGACGGGAUACGACAUCUAUCAAUGUGCCUCUGCAUCACUAGACGACUACGCUGCCGCCAUUGAAGGGGCACAUUUAGCCCAGCCAGGAUGGGCCAAACUUGGCCCUUCAGCACGACGACUGAUUCUCCUCAAGGCUGCUGACAUCAUGGAAACUUAUAUCAAAAGCGAUGCGCCUGAGAUCCUAUCAGCCGAGGUAUCAGCUACUAAGGGAUGGGUCAAGGCCAAUAUAUUUUCUACUGCUGGGGUUCUGCGCGAGAACGCAGCUCUGGCAACACACAUAAAAGGCGAGAUAGUUCCUGCUGAUCGUCCUGGUACAACAAUUCUUGUGGAGCGACAGCCCGUUGGCGUUGUUCUUGCCAUAAGUCCCUGGAACAUGCCUGUCACUCUGACAGCCAGGGCUAUCUGCUGUCCACUAAUCUGCGGCAACACUGUUCUUCUGAAGCCAUCGGAAUUCAGCCCUAAGUCACAGCAUCUUGUUGUACGUGCACUGACCGAAGCUGGCCUACCGCCUGGAUGUCUGCAAUUCCUACCUACCAGCCCCGCCGAUACUCCGGCCGCGGUUGAGUUCACUGUUAAGCACCCGAAGGUCAGCCGAACAAACUUCACGGGCAGUGAUCGCGUCGGCCACAUUAUUGGUGCAUUGUCUGCCUCGUGCCUGAAGCCAUGCGUUCUAGAGCUGGGAGGUAAGGCACCCGUGGCUGUCCUAGAAGAUGCAGAUAUCGAGGCAGCUGUCGAGGCCGUAGCAUACGGCGCAUUGUCAAAUAGUGGGCAGAUAUGCAUGUCAACUGAGCGGGUGAUUGUUCAUCGCUCAAUAUCAGCGGAAUUCAAGACCCGACUUGUAAAGCGAGUCGAGGCAUUGAGAGUAGGAAAUCACUUGGUUGACCCGGACGUGCAACUCUCGGGAGUCUUUACUAGCACUUCCGCAGCACGUUUGUUGAAUCUCGUCAAAAGCGCUGUCAGUGAUGGUGCGACGCUUUUGACUGGCGACCUAACCACACACGGGCCAUGUCAGACAAUUCUAGUCCCACACAUUCUGGAGGGCGUGACGCGCGACAUGGAUCUCUUCAGCAAAGAGUCAUUUGGUCCCAUUUUAUUUAUUUCCGAGUUUGAUGAUGAUGCGGAUGCCAUUUUACAGGCUAACGACUCUGCGUUCUCUUUGUGUGCAAGCUUGUUUUCACAAGAUGUCCUACGUGCAAUGGAUAUGGCCAAGCAGAUCCGCACGGGAAGUUGUCAUGUUAACGGACCGACAGUUUAUAUAGAGGCAUCGCUGCCAAAUGGGGGUAUUGGUGGUGCGAGUGGUUACGGUCGGUUUGGAGGAAUAGCGGGAAUUGAGGAAUUUACAGAGAGGCAGAUAGUGAGCCUAGCAAGGCCAGGCAUGAAAUAUGUAUUUUAG